AUGACGAUCUUCACCAAGACCGAAACCGACACCGAUAAGAAAAAUGCCGAAGGCGUCAAGGAGGACAACCCAAAGCAGGUAGUCGUCUGCGAAGCUGAUGAGGAGAAGCACAUCAGCAACUGUGGAUGGGUUCCGAUGGAGGGAGGCAACUUUGACAGGAGAAGAGAAGCUCCUCAUUCGGCCCACUCUCUAUUAUUCGACUUUCUCCAUCACCAUUGGCACGUACUCCAUCCCCAUCACCACCGGACUACGAGAACGCUGUCAAUGCUCGCAGGUAUUUUUGGCAGGGCCAGAUGUUUGAUUUCAAAAAAAAAACAAAAACAUCAGAAUGCGCCGCUGCACCAAGCUUACUUUCACACUCAUCGCCAUCUUCAGUUUUGUCAUUUUGGUUUCUUUCUUCCUCUACCAACAAGGACUCAUCAGGUUUCUGUAGUUUUAAUUUUAGAUUACUGUAGUUCUUACUAUUUCAACCCUACCUUUUUAAGCGUUGCCUACCAAAAGGGUGUAUACCAUGGAUGGAACGCGGCCACCUUCUCGAACCGUGGAACGACCGAGCGUCUGGUUCAAAACGUCGAAAUCAACGCCAACGAUUCGUACGAGAAGAUUGAUGUCCCAAAGUUUGGAUCUAACCGACCCGCGAUCUUCUUGCACGAUUUCAAACAGAACCUCACCGCUAUUGUUGAUACUGUUGGAAACCGUUGCUUUGUCAAGGAUUUGGACAGAACCAAGAUCCGAAGCCCAAGAAUGCUUAUUGAGAUGCUCAGAAACAUUGAUGUGAGGAGUGAAAAUUCUAGAAAAAAACAAGAAAUUCCUAAAUUUCAGAUCAUGGCCCCAGAAGUAGCCUACGCUCAAACUCGCAUGGUCCGAGAAACAUACAACGUUGGGGAUGAGCUCACCAAGGCCGAUAUCAGCACAUUCAACAGUACCAUUCUCUCGCGUCACUGUGCUUUCCGUCAAACAUACAAGCUUAGAAAGCAGGAAGCUCAGACACGUUCCCGACGAGCCGCUGGAAUGGGACCCGCCUUAUCGUUUGCUUCAAUGGCUGGUGAUUCGGUGCAAUUGGAAGAGAUCAGCUUUUAA